AUGUACCAUGCAGGUUGCAACAUUGUUCCCCGGCCGGUCCGGGAUCGAUUGGACAAAUCUCAUCGGCGCAUCGGCAGCCACUUCUUAGGAGGCGAAGUGCGGCACGGGGAGCUUAAGUCCGGCUCAGAAAGCGAAAUCCGAGCUAUGACUGUCGAUUGUGGACCCCACUGGAAUCACGCAGCGUCAUUACUCGCUGAGACAUCAAAAACCUCUUGCUUAAGCUUCAAGUUCUGUCAAGAUACAGAUUCUGGCGUGGCAACCAAUGCUACCAACAAGCUGCUUAAACAAGUCUCUGACCACAUCGAGGAACAGGAAGAGCUUCAAGCCGACCAGGCGAAGGAUACCGUGCACACCUCCUUGAUGGAGGUGUAA